GGCCGCCAACUUUCAAAGUUUCGGCCUCUUCAGUCGGCGAGCGGCCGUUCUCUGCACCGACCGUAGACCGUGUAUUGUGUAGCGGACUUAAGAACAGUUCAAAUCGUAGAUCGCAAACGAACAGUUUUUCGCGAAGUCGAAUCGAACACAGAAAUAUCGUUUCUAAGUUUUUUUCAAGAACAUUAGUGCGUUUUUUUUGCUUCUUUUUUUCAUACGAAAUAAUUCUUUGAAUGUUGUUAUUGUUGUUUGUGACUGAGGAAACUGGCCCUUUUUCGUAGGUGUCAUAUACUGAAAAUAUAAGCAGUUAUAUACCAGGGAGCUCAAUCAGAAUCACCCUGUACACCACAUCGCAUAGAAAAAACGGUUCUGGACAUCACACCACUGUCUCGCCACGACGCUACGCCAAUAUUCUCCCCUCGUCCCCGCUUUUACCCCUCAAUCCCACCCGUUGAUGGUGCACUCUCCUUACCCCCGUUUGCCACCCACCACCCAGCGAUGACGAUGGCCGAAAGUGCCUUGGACCCGCGCUCCAACAUCUCCCAUGACAAGACCAACAACAAUCAUCCCACGGUGCUCAAUCACAACCACCGGCAACACGUCAGUACAUCUGGGAAGCUGCGAAAACGAAAAAGAUUGAGUCAGGUGCUGGAUAAGCUUACCACAGGGAGAGAGGAUGGUUCUGGGUCUCACCAGAACUCCCCGACGAUCAAUAAUAAUGUUUAUAACAAUAACAAAGGUGAUGAGGAGGCUUUAAAGAAGAGGUAUGCCGGGGAGGUGUUUAGAUUUGAUGUCCCGACUAAGCAAAUCAAUGAGGAAGAGGACUCAGUGUUCAGUCCGGCGAGCUCGAGUAACAAAUCGCCUCACAGCUCUACAGAAUCGCCUAGAAUCAGCUUCAGUCCUCUUAGAAUCAAGGAGGACGAUGCCAGUCCGUCUCCUCCGUUAUUUCAGAGACCUCCUCUCUGUCCCUGCUACCAGUGCCUCACUGGAGCUGGCCAACAUCCACCUCCUCUACACCCUUACGAUCGUUUCUUUCCUGCUUCGCCAGUUAGUCCUUUAAUUCCAGCAUCUCCGGCUCCUCACAAUUUCGAGAGGUACCUGCACUCGAAGUAUCUGCCGGAUAUAUUCCGGAGACGGAGUCAUUCGGACUCUGACUUGCCGUUGUGGUUGGAGAAAAGUACUACUAAGAGUGAGAAGGGUGUGAGAUGGCCGCACCAGUUGGCACUCUCUUCGUCUGGAGGUUCGGCCGAAGUGACUUCACCUCAGGAGUUUCCUCUGGAUCUGUCAGUAAGGGGGGUGAAGGAGAGGGAGAGGGUGGCAAGUUUGGAGUGUUUGGUGCCGAAUGCGUUGCAGUUGUUGCCGCCAGGGUUUUUGCCUCCGAGAGGCGCUGUAUCAGUACCCGUAGUCAAAGGAGAUGUAGCCUCACCCACAACAAAAGAAUCUGUAGCCUCCCGCUACAAUCUCGAAGUCUCCCCGGUCGUGGAAGAAAUGCCUCCAGGCUCCGACGUAGCUUUCGUAUGUCCAGUUUGUGGCCAAAUGUUCUCACUACACGACCGCCUGGCCAAACACAUGGCCUCACGACACAAAAGCAGACAGUCAGGGGGUGAGACCACCGCCAAAGCCUAUCUCUGCGAGGUAUGCAAAAGAUCCUUCGCACGCAGCGACAUGCUCACGAGGCACAUGAGGCUGCACACCGGUGUCAAGCCUUACACUUGCAGGGUUUGUGGCCAAGUGUUCUCACGUUCCGAUCACUUAUCGACUCACCAGAGGACUCACACGGGCGAGAAGCCGUACAAGUGUCCGCAGUGUCCUUACGCGGCCUGCAGGAGGGACAUGAUCACGAGGCACAUGCGUACUCACACCAGAUACGAACCGGAUAAUCUCAACGUACAUCCGGUGGUUAAGACUGAACCACAGUGACGUCAUCGUGAUCGUUUUCGUUAUUUUCGAAUUGAGAAGAGUGUUAUUCUUUAAGUUUUUUUUGUUUUUUUUUUAUGGGCGAAUUAUGUCGUUGUCUAGUCUGUUAUGAUUAAAGGUUUUGUACAGGGUGUUCGGAACUUGCGGUGCUUGCCAGAAAUUAAGAUAUUUUUCAGAGAACAAAGACAGAUAAAAAAUAUUUUUUUAUAUUUCCAAAUAAGUCACACAAAUUUAAAAGCGACUAUUUAA